UUCAAAACCAAAUCAAAAACAUUUUUUUAAAAAAAAAUGGGUUCCAAGCCUUCUCAGACCAAACUAAAGCUUGUCACCAUUUCAAUAAUCUCCUUUUUCAUAGCCUUCAUUUACCUUGGUAUGUCAUUCAACCCUAAACGCCAAGAAACCAUGAUAUUCCACACCUUACAAGAUUACAAACAACCAACACAAAUCUUCCCUAGGCCUAUCAUCAAACCUAGUUGGUACAAAUUUCUCGAAAACGAAACCAAAUAUACAAGGUUCAAAAUUGGACUAGUAAACGUACAUGGGGUACCUAUUGAAGUCAAAGACCUACACGACGAACAAGCUGAGCUAGUCAACGUUCAUUUUCGUCGUGUCAACAGAAGUGUUAUGUGGAAACACUUGUUCCCAGAGUGGAUCAAUGAGAAUGUGCCUCAAAAAUCAUCGCAGUGUCCUGAAAUUCCAAUGCCUGAGGUCGAAGAUUAUGUCGAUUUGGACGUUGUUUUGGCUAGGGUUCCUUGUGAAAAUGCUACCAGUGUGUAUAGGUUACAAGUGAACCUAGUUGUGGCUAAUCUUUUGGUGAAAAAUGGAAUGGAUAGUAACGGUGUUUAUCGCGAAAUGUACGUUGUUUUCAUCGGACCAUGUAGUCCUAUGCUUGAGAUUUUCAGGUGUGAUGAUCUAAUAUGGCAUGAAGGAAAUGUAUGGAUUUACAAGCCUGAUUUGACAAAACUCAAACAGAAAAUUCUCAUGCCAGUUGGAACUUGUCAACUUGCCACUCCAUUUGCUGAACAAGGUCGAGAAGUAUGGAGACAAUAUGGUUCAUCAUCAUCCACAAGCAACAAAAUUGCCCACAAGCAAAGAGAGGCUUAUGUUACUGUUCUUCACUCCUCAGAAUCAUAUGUUUGUGGAGCAAUAUCUUUAGCACAAAGCAUCAUCCUAUCCAACACCACAAAAGACCUAAUUCUCCUUGUGGACAACUCAAUAUCACAAGAAGCCCUACACAGUCUCAAACAAGCAGGAUGGAAGAUCAAAAUAAUCGAAAGAAUAAGAAACCCUCAUGCAAAAAGAGGCACCUACAAUGAAUGGAACUACAGCAAGCUCCGAAUAUGGCAACUAACAGAGUAUGAUAAGCUCAUAUUCAUAGACGCGGACUUCCUUUUCUUCAAGAACCUUGAUCAUUUCUUCGUGUUCCCACAGUUGUCAGCUGCUGGUAACUGUAGGCAUGUGUUCAACUCAGGGAUCAUGAUAAUCGAGCCAUCGGAGUGUACUUUCAAAACCCUAAUGGAGAAAACCCUAAGUAUUGUUUCGUACAAUGGAGGUGAUCAAGGGUUUUUGAAUGAGGUAUUUUCUUGGUGGCAUAGGUGGCCUGGUAAACUGAAUUAUUUGAAGAAUUUCCAGACAGAUGAACGUCGAAAGUAUGAUUAUCCUGAGGAUGCAUAUGCAAUGCAUUACUUGGGUCUAAAGCCGUGGAUGUGUUACAAAGAUUAUGACUGCAAUUGGGAUGCAUUGGUAUAUAGGGAUUUUCCAAAUGAUUUAAUUCAUGCAAAGUGGUGGGAAGUUUAUAAUUUAAUGCCAAGGGAGCUUCAGAAGUUUUGUGAUUUGACUCCACAGAUGGAUACAAGGAUAAGAUUGGAGAGACAAAAGGCUAAAAUUGCUAAUUUUUCUGAUGGCCAUUGGAAAAUUCAAGUGAAGGAUCCAAGAAGACUUUCCGAUUCCGACCUUUGAUUAGUGUUAUUGUUUCCUUCUUUUUUUCAAAAAAAAAAAAAAAGAAAAGAAAAGAAAAUUUCCAUCUUCAAAUGUAUUUCUUUGUUGCUUCUUGUAUUUAUUUAUUUAUUUAUUUAUUUUAUUAUUUUCACGCGAUCUAUUACUGUGAAAUACUAGUAAAUGAUAAAACCUAUAUACUACCACAU